CAGCUUCAGUUGCGGUUUCCUAAUCCUCCCAAGCUGUAAGGUCGAAUGUUUCGAAACAGAUGCUGUGUCCGGACGGUGGGAAGAUCUAUUCCAUGCGGUUCUGGAAAGUGUGACGCGAUCGUCGUGUGUGACGUCUGUGAAAACGGUGUUUGUUUCGUAUUUUAUCGUAUUGUAUAAAUUGCGUGUGUAACAUAAACCUUGUGUUAAAGCAACUCUUUCGCCACGUUCAAGCCUAUUUACCUAACCUUAACACACAGAAACAGAUACUUCUACGUGUUGGUUCAUGCGGAUAAUACUCCAGCUAUCAGCGGAUAAUAGUGUCACAGAGUAAUCAGAGAAUAAGUACAGCAUCCGGACGGAGGAAGUGGCUUUGUAUUAGUAACGUUCCGCAUUUCGAGUGGGAUUCCAGUAGCCGCGUCGAAGCUGCAGCAUUGAAUCAAACACGAUCUUUGACCAAAAACCAUCAACAUUCCACUAAUAAACGAUCACCAACAGUAUGGGGUGUGACUGUGAAACAUGUUUAGCGAAAACGGUACUAUCCGUGUUCAAUUUCCUCUUCUUUGUUCUCGGUACCAUCGUAUUAGGCGUAGGAAUAUGGCUAGUCACUGAUAAGACAUCGUUUAUAGCCUUACUGAAAAUGGUUGAAAAUGAUCAGUUGGAGCAUUUCACGCAACCCGCUGUCAUAGAGCAGCUGGCCUAUCUCCUGAUAGUGAUCGGAUCGGUGAUGUUUUUCCUUAGCUUUCUUGGCUACUGUGGUGCGAUCAGGGAAAGUCAGUGUCUCCUAACGACGUAUGGUCUCUUUGUGCUUGUAAUUCUGGUGGCUGAAGUAACGGCUUUUGGACUAGCGGCUGCUUACAAGGAUCGUGCCCGGACGGAAACCAAAAACUACCUCCAGACAACAAUUUCCAACUACUACACCAGCAACGACCGCAACCAAAGCGCAGACGCCGUCACUUUGAUGUGGGACUACAUGAUGUCCGAGCUGCAUUGCUGUGGCGUCGACGAUUACCGAGACUUUAGCCUGUCGGAAAAGUGGAACGAGAGCAAGCGCGACAAGAUUAUCCCGGUGGCGUGCUGCGUGCAGACUUCGCUGUUCCAACCGCAGGACAAAAAUUGUCCCUUCUCACCGACCGAAUCGAAUAGCUACUUCAAGAAGGGCUGCUAUAUGGCACUAACCGAUUGGAUCCUGUACAACAGAAACCUGGUGAUCAUCGUGGCCAUCGCUGUCGGGCUAACGCAGUUGCUGGCCAUUUUCCUGGCAUUCUGCCUUUGUAAAUCGAUCGAGAAAUAUCGAGGAAUGCGUCUUUAAAAUGUCCAACAGCGACGAAUUCUGCACACCAAACGUAUCACCCACCUGCGCACACACAUACACACGCUAGGGACGAAACACUAACAAAUGCGCGUACACUACCAUACAGACACCGAUAAGUGCUUUCAUUGUUCGUUGGUGUACCUUAGUGUAGCGAUAGACCAACGGGUCCGUAGAAGUUUCUACACCGAGGACCACAGGACCAGAGCAAGCAAGACUUGAUAUAAUAUUGUUUUCGUUUUUUGACGAAGUUGUGGCGUAAGCAAUCGAAGUUUCAAUUGUGACAGUCACUGUUGCAAUAGAGCUCCCAAGCGGAUCGAGCGAGGAUUGAAACAAAGCUAUUAUUGGCCGCCAUCCAUGGUUGUUAACGGUUGGUAAAGGAAUCUCGUAGAUUGUUAUUAUUCGUUGUGGUCAUUCAAGAAGAAUCUCACGAAGAGAAUUUAUUCGGAAACGGCCAAUACUGCCCUCCGUUACGGUAGACUAGUUGAAAGAAGGGAGAAUGCGCAAUAGAAUACCAAAUUAUACACCGUCUGAAUUGGAAAUCGAACAACAAAUAGCAGUGCGCAGUUGAGUUUACACAGCUUAGGCCCAUUAUUAAAUUUGUUCCACUUGAGAUCGACAUUUUACGACAGUAGCAUAGUAUAAAUGAUUUUUCUUCCAAACAAUAUCGACAUCGCAUUGACGCAAUUAUUGUUGUAUAAUUUUUUUCAUGCCCAAUCCAUUUUGUUAAGUAAACUAAAUUUAAGAGACGUAAAAUUAUAUUUAACGAUAAAAGCGUAAUAAACUCAAUAAACCAAACGAGAAA